AGCCGGGGCUGGAGCAGUCCGGAGCUGGGUGCGGUAGGAAAGGGAAACCAUCUCAGAAUCCAUUUGCUGAAUGCCUGAACUCUGCGAGUUGCACAGGCCAGGAGAAGUUACGUGUCGUGGGAGGAGAGGACAGAUGCUCGGGGAGAGUGGAGGUUUGGUACCGUGGCGCCUGGGGAACAGUUUGUGAUGACUCCUGGGACAUGGCGGAUGCUAACGUUGUGUGUAAACAACUGGGCUGUGGAUCUGCUGUAUCUGCCCCGGGCGAGGCUGCAUUUGGCGAGGGGACUGGUCCCAUCUGGGUGGAGAAGGUGAACUGCAGAGGGACAGAGUCAUCUCUCUGGGACUGUCCUGCCAUGCCAUGGGGUGAGAGUAACUGUGAUCAUAAGGAAGAUACUGCUGUGAAUUGCUCGGGUGUGACAGAAACAACAGCUUCACCUGCUACAACAGCUCCCCCACGCCGCCCUCUGACCGACAGUGGGAGAGUCACGGUGCCUGUUGUCAUCUGCAUUAUCCUGGGGGUCCUUCUCUGCCUGCUGUUAAUCAUUCUGGGUGUGCAGGUGCAAAGGGCCAGGGCACAGCACAGAGGUGCCACAAGACCCUCAGAUCCCGUGUAUGAGGAGAUUGAUUAUAACCUGAUGGGAGAGAAGCAGAUAUUGGGUCACUCAGUCUCUUAUGCAGAGGAUUCAGUGACGAAGCUGCAGUAUUACACCGGGGACAGUGAGGGGGGAAGCGAUUCUGGAUCAGAACGAGAGGGAGCUUCCCCUGGGGCGUCUCAGUUGGAUUACGAUAACGUGGAGGAGCCUGCAUUGAAUGAUGAUCCCCAGACUCCGGACGACCAAGAGGGCGAUGCCUUGCCUGGAGAUGUCCCAGGGGAUGGUUAUGACGAUGUCAGAGAAGUUUCUGACCCUGAACAUGAUCCUGGUUCAGGGCAGUGUGCCCGGGAAGUUACUUGGGCCCCUCGGGUGAAUGACAGGAACAGGGAUUCACAGAGAGAUUGGAAUCUGCACUCCCUAAGAAGUGAAGGGGCCUCAGGGACUGAGAGAGACGGCCCAUUCCCGCCUCCUGGAGACCCGGGUUAUGACGACGUUGAAGCUGGCGUCCCUGAGACAUCAAUAUAAGAAUGACUGAGUUCCGAUCAAAUAUCCUGUGAGGAUGUAAAUGCUGUAUGAUUAAACUCUUUCUCUCCUAAAUACUAACUGGGCAUGGAGGCAUCAGAGAUAGUCCCUGCCAUGGAUCUAGUUCAGAUACCUUUUAUAUUGGGGUUUUAUGUAGUUGCAAGAAAUAUAAGUGUGACUGAGACAGGGUCUGUGAUUUUCCCUGUAAUUUCUCAUUGAUCAGAUUGCCUGGAACUUGUCCUGCUUUUUUAUUCCUAAUAUUUUCUUCAUCGUGAAUUUUUCCUUUUUCAUAUUGAAUCCUUUUUAAAAGUUUAUUCCAGGAACGAUGCUUCUUUCACAAGGUGCAUAAGAGAUCAUAAGAGAGUGAGAUGGAGUCUGAACCACCAAAAAAUAAUAAUUGCAAAAUAUCACCUCUCGGUAUUGCAGGUUGUUCAAUAGGGUACUGGAUGGAGAAUGAACGUUCCGUCCGUUGUGUGGUAAUGGUUAAAAACCCAGCAACAGAAUAAUUCUAACUCCAGAGAUGGCCCUAACCGCCAUCCAAACUCCAGACUUUCCUUUAAAAUCCAGGAGGAUAAAUGGACAUUAUUUAUAGGAACCUUAAUGCACACACACAAUUAGAUAGCAGUUAAAAGAUACCCCCCGUCCCAUCCUCUCCUCGUCUCCUCUAUACAAAUUCAUAUACUAUGCCCAUUACUGUAGCAUUGGAGCAUCUUUCAGUGGUGCAUUAAGUGUAAGGACCUUCAUCUUUGGUUUAUACUGAUUUUUUAAUGAACAUUUGCUGAGUUUUACAAAAAUCGUUAUUCCAUUUUUAACAAUUUUUACCCAAAUUUAGAUGUGCUGGAACUCCAUCUCCCUGCUCCAGGAGAAAUGGGUGACCCAGGUUACCAAGCCACCAUCUCUCCUUCCAGAGUGGGAAGCCAAAAGCACUGGAACAACUUGAGUGGUAGUGUAUGUACUGGUGUCAAUCCCACAACCACCACACACCACAUAUAUAUUACCAACUUUACAGAUAGUGCAGAUUGUCAUCAGCAGUGAAAGCAAAAUAAAGGUAUUUAACUACUUUUUAUGAUAAAAUGGGUUGAUAACAAAAAACUGUAUCUGCUUACAUUUCAGAACAGAGGAUGAAGGAGGCUUGAAAGUUAAAAAACAAAUAGACAAAAAAAAAUCCUAGGAGAAGAGAGUCAUAUUUCCCUGAUAUUUCCCCAGAAAACUGCCAAGUUAAUUUUUUCUACUGAUUUUCCACCAUUGUUUAAUUUUUGAAAUAAACACUGAGAUAUUCCCCAGAAACUUCAAACAAAAUAAAAACCUAAAAACAAGGUCCUUAAUUAAGUGACAUUAUUGUCUUUCAUCAUGUGUGUUCAUUCUGCCUCCAUCCUGUGAUCCAGGGAGCCAAUGGGCAGAGGGAACACCAUACCAGAACUCUCGAGGCCUGACACUCUCAUUGCCCCAAUUCACUCAUCUAAUCUGUAUCUAAAAGGUGUUGUGUAAGAUGUUCUAUGCAAACUGCUAACAUGCUGCUCAUUAAUAUAAUGCAUUGAUGUAUGUACGGGUGCUGUAUAAAGAACUAGAGAUGUGUGCUGGAAGUAUAUUUCUAAAAUGUGUUUGGCAGACCGUGCCUAAGCGCUGCCUUUCUCAAAUAAAGGAAUGUGUUUUUGCAGUUUGA